ACAACACUCCCAAUUACCACCCCCCCAUCUCGUUACCAUCAAAAUCUAUAUAAAAUGCCAUCCAGCCGCGCCUCUGGUCUCGAAGCCCUCCUCAACCGGCCCGAGCAGAAAUCCUUCCUCCAGCGAUUCCUCCGCUCCCCCAUCAAAUCCACAGCGCAGCUCCUCCACCGCACCUUCGCUCUCCCACCCCCCAACAGCCCUAAAAACAGCCCCCCAAUCCACAUAGUCUGCAUCUCCGACACGCACAACACCCAACCCCGGCUCCCAGACGGCGACAUCCUCAUCCACGCAGGCGACCUCACCCAAUCCGGUACACCCCAAGAACUCUCCACCCAGAUCGAAUGGCUACACGCCCAGCCCCAUCGCCACAAAAUCGUCAUCGCAGGGAACCACGAACUCUGCCUAGACAACCAAAAGCCCACUAAGAACCCUCCAUCCGUGGACUGGAAAUCCAUCACCUACCUCGGAAAUACGGCAACGGAACUCGAGUUCCGUGAUGACAGCCACAAAGGCAUGCGCCGGGUGAAGGUGUUCGGGUCACCUUGGACGCCCAAGCACGGAAACUGGGCGUUCCAGUAUAUGCGUACGGAGGUGGAGUUCUGGGAGAGGACGGUGGAUGUUCCACGUGAAACGGAUAUCCUGGUUACUCAUGGCCCGCCGAGGGGGCAUCUUGAUGUAGGGGGAUUGGGUUGUCCGUUGCUACUACGGAGGUUGUGGGGUCUGGAGGGGAGGCCUCGGUUACAUGUCUUUGGGCAUGUACAUGGCGGGUAUGGGGUUGCGAUGGCGGGGUGGGAUUCUUUCCAGAGGGUUUACGAGGGGGUGAUGGAAGGGACGGAAGGGGUUGUGGGCUUGGUGAAGAUGCUGGGGUUUGGGGUUUGGCGUGCGCUCAACGCAUACUUCGGGAAGUAUGAGCAGGGGGUGACGGUGAUGGUCAAUGCGGCUGUGGUUGGCGGGGUGAGGGACGAGAAAAGGAGGGAGGCGCUUUGCAUUACUCUCUGA